CUAGCUAUCUGGUAGAUCAAGUAUACUCAUCUCAUUUCCUUCUUGAUCUAUACUUUCACGUGCGCCGCCAGAGAAGGCUGACAUUCAGCCUUGCAGGGUUCAUUGUACGGCGAGCUUUCCAACCUUGGCUGUUUCCAUAGUCAUCAGUCACAGUCACCAUGGUCCUUUUUAAACGCAAGCCGGUGCAGUUUAUGCAAACUCCACCACUUGACGAUGACUCCGUAGAGGUCUGGCAUAUCCCUCAGACCGGCGAGAUAUUCAUCACAUAUGAAGCGUAUCUAAACCGCAUGGACUUCUAUAGACAGCCGCGCUUUAUCUGUCAGAUCACCGGCCACUCUGGCCUAACGUUCUUUGAAGCACUAAAGAGCGAGCUUGCUGGCGCCCAAGAGGUUGACCAGGCAUUCCCUGAAGCUCUAAAAGGCCCCAUAUUGCGCCGGGUACAGUUUCAGACCAUCUCGCGCAUCGAUACUUUAGUAGACAUGAUCUAUGAUGAAUUUAAGGCCGACUACUAUCCUGGAGAGGCUGUGUCCAUACACCUCAUAAACGGAGAGCGCCUAACUGGAAUUGUUCGAGAUAAGGCUCGUCUAGGAAGUAAGGUGCUCCCUGACGGUACGCUUACACUUCCUUAUUCGCGAUACUCCACUAGCAUUGACGGCCGUGCAGAGGAAGCUGUAGUGGACAGCGAUCAUAUCUACCGUGACAGGCGAGUUUUCACAAAGUCAGUUUUACGGUCUUUUAUCAAGAAGACCGUCACAAGGGAAGCAUGGAACGGCGCACCCUGGCUGGUAAAGCAUGAUGUUGCCGCACAAUAUCAUAUUGAUUCACGAAUACCGCCACACCUACGCUACGACAAUAAGUUACUCGAGCGCAAGCAGAAUCAGGCGUACAAGAAGGCAGCCAAUGGAGCUGGAGCCGGAGCCGGAGCAGUCACACAAGAUAUGAACGGCAUGAAUAAUCAAUUCCAGAACUUUGGACCAGCAAGAUUACCAGAACUUAAGCCGGCGCCGAAGAGCCAAAAAGCCAUGAGAGCUAACCAUCAUGACUUAGAAGUCCAAGGUGAUUCAGGUAUGUUCCUGACACAGGACCAAGGACCACUUCCACCUGUGCCGGGUAACCACCCUUUUCAUUUCCCGGUCCCCUUUCGAAAUAGUAUGCCGCCCCCGCCUCAUAUCGUCCCUCCUUCAAUGCCCGAGCCACCCCCACCGGCUCCACCCCCGAAGUAUCCCAUUGAGGACCUACAGCUUGAGCCCCGUGAUGACUAUGUUCGUCCUGCGUUGAAAUUCAUGUGCAGCGAUCCUCCGGAGGGUGUCGUUGAUAGUGGCGCACGAAACGAUAAGAUCCUUAUGAAAUCUAUCGGGCCAUUGCUAGAGACGUGGGAUACGCUCAAUGUUUACUGCGAAGUCUUCAAGCUUGACUCCUUUACCUUUGAUGACUUUGUUGAGGCGAUGGAGGUUGCUAACGAGGAAACCCCCUGUGAAUUAUUUACCGAAAUUCACUGUGCGCUACUCAAACAGAUAGUAAGCGCUGAAGCAGACGGUGGCAAGCUUUUGGUUGACCUACCAGAGCCUGAUGAAGAUGACGACGAGGAGAGCGCAUCCCCGAGCCCUGAACCGGAACUGGAACCGAAGCCUACCGCCCGGGCCACUAGAAGCAGCUUAGCUAAGCUGGAGGCUGAGAAGAUGAAGGCCGAAGCUGCUGCCGCGGAGAGAAGCGUCGAGCCAAAGAUCAAGCAUCGCGCUUCUGAUGUCUUAUCAGACUUCGAUUGGGUUGAGCAGCUGAAGAAGCGUGAAUUCCAGAACGGAGGCUGGCAGCUAAUAAUGGUUGGGCUUCUACACCAGUUAUCCAAGAAGCCUCGUUACACUGAGAUCUGCGAGGAUUUGCUAGCACAUCUUGUACCUCCUGAGAUUGAGCCGAGCCAGGAGACCGUUCGCCAACAGUACGGCAAACUCGAUCUUAAUCUUCGCAUCUCUGCGCUCCAGACCGUCUGCUUGUUAACCAUUGACACCAAGGCAGUUCGUGGAUAUAUGGAAGAGUGUGCCGAAACAAUGACUGGCUAUCGAAAGGAGAAGAUUGAAUGGCAAAGAAACCGAAAACAAACCAUUGAGGAAUUGAAGGCAUUGAAUGAUCAGCGCAAGUUACUUCUCCCAGAGAACAUGCCCCCGUCGCCACCAGCCGAUGAAGCGGAGAUCGCGAAGACAAAUGGCGACGUGAAAAUGGCCGACGCCGACGACUCGCCUGAGGAGCCAAGUGAAGAGGCUGGUGAUAGCGACGUGGAUGCCAAUGCUCGCCGUAAUCUACGUAGGGGGGGCAAUCGGGCAGCAGAACGUCAACGUAAGCGCGAAGAGCAGGAGCGCAAGAAGGAAGCUGAGCUGGCUGCCAAGAUGCCUAAGCAAUCAAAACAGUUCAUCAAGGUGUUGAAGGAUAUUCGGAAAAAGGAGGAAUACAUCAAGAAAUGCGAAGCAGAAAUCGCCAUCAUCGACAAUGACCUUCGAGAAGCAGAUUGUGCACGAACUCGUAUCCUCGGCAAGGAUCGAUUCUGGAAUCGGUAUUACUGGUUUGAACGCAACGGGAUGCCAUACGGCGGAUUGCCCACUAGCUCGACGGCGGACGCAGGCUACGCAAACGGCUGUAUUUGGGUACAAGGGCCUGACGACAUGGAGCGCGAGGGCUAUAUCGACAUGCUUCCGGAACACCAAGAGGAAUACAAGGCCAAAUUCAAGAUGACCGUACCUCAGCGGAAGAAGAUGGAGGAAGGCCGUACCAGCGUCUUUAACGCCCGCCAAUGGGGCUACUAUUCGGAACCUGCCGAUGUGGACUCACUCCUCAACUGGCUUGAUCCCCGAGGAUUCAACGAGCUGAAGUUACGAAAGGAAAUCCUAAGCUACAAGGAUAAAAUCGUCACUCACAUGGAGAAUCGGCUCAAGUACACCGGCUCAGCAGAGGAAGAGGAAGAGAAGGAGCCAGAGACCGAAAACGAGAAGAAGGAGGAGCCUAAACGCAUGAGUACCCGCACCAAGGCACCGGCGACUCCAGAGCCUACCAAUUUUAGAUGCCUGGCCUGGGCCAAUAAUGUUGCAGUGGAAGAGUUUGGACAUCUCCAUAGCGAGCCACCGCCACCGCCGAAGACAAAGAGCCGCAAGGCCGCAAAGAAGGGCCGCAACUAAUUGUGUGGUAGCAACCAUACGUAACCGCUUCUCCCAAAAUUUCACGACCGAAUGACGAUGAAUUUGUGUUACACGACACUACCUUUAGCAUAUAGACACGGAAAGAGGCAAGGAAGUUACGAGUAAAAAAACGGGCGUUGGCAAAUGU